CAUUUUUUGUUUUUUCUGGUUUCGUCGUCCUCCUCUGACUCCGAGCAGUGUCUGCACUCAGUUAGCAGAAGGAGCAAGAGAGAGAAAGUGAAAGUGAAGAAACAAAGUAGAAAAGAGCGAGCGUGUUGAGAGAAAAAACUGUAAGAAGAAACAACCCUAACGUUCUCAUGGAAAGCUUGGCGCAUUCUCGCCAACCAAACAAGUUUCCCGUCACAGUUUCCAAGAAAAUUACCGGCGCCGCAGGAGGCGCAGGUUUUCCGGCUGAAACUCUAUACGACCACGUAUACGGCGGCGCGACGAGGUUCGCCGGCGGCCACUCCCUCUCGCCACGCUUCGAGGACUACGGCGAGAUUUUCUCCAGCUUCCACGCGCCGCGCGCCUCCGCCAUUCCGGUGCUGGAUCUUCCGUCGCUCGAUGACGGCGAGGUCUUCUUCGACUUCCGAAACGUCGCGUGCGACUACUCCGAAAUUUUCCGAGGCUUCGACGGCCUCGAUUUUUGGCUCUCGUACGAGGACUUGUUUCACGACAGUGUCUCCGAAGAAGACGACGGUGAUGAUGCUGAAGAAGAAGAAGCAUGGACGCCGGUGGAAACUGAUUCAUUUUCCGGAGACUUGGACCAUUUUGGAUUUCACGAAGGCAUGCCAAAUGAUGAUCAUUUCCGGUCUUCUGAUGGAAUUACAGAGUUCAACGUUUUGUAUCAUAAGGUAAAUGGUACAGGCAAUGAAGAUAUGUCAAAGGGAAAAAGUACUAUUAGUCAGUUGCGUGCUGCUCCUGAAUUCGGUCAAAUAUUUGAUGAAACCACGCACUUUCAUAGGACGGAUCCUUCCUUACAGGUUGUUGAUGAUGUUGACCUCGAUAUGGAAUUUAAUGCAAGCCAGGCAAGGAGAAACCAUAGAGAAAUGGUGUCACUUCCGGUUAAUUUUACAUCUGGUGAACAGGUUUUUGGUAGUGAUCUUGAUCUGCGCAGUGGAUGCUGCAAAAAUGAUUCUCAUUCCAGUGAAACAUUCAUAACUGUGUCUCACAUUAGCCUCAGAACCCUACCCUCUCAAGUGCCGCCCCCUUCUCGGCCACCACCUGUAUUGGAUGCAAAACAGGAAUACACUGGUGGUUUUCUUUCAAAGAAAGAGGGGAUUGACAUUGAAGAGACCCUUGGUGAUACUUCGCCACCUUUCCUUGAUGUGGAGGUUGAUACAAAUUCAUCUGCUGCUUCUAUCAAAGAAGUCAUGCAUAGAUCUGAAGCAAAACAUAGGAGUGCCAAGGAAUUGAAAGAGAGAAAGAAGAGGCUUUCCGAAAGCAAUGCAGAUUCAAGAUAUGAUGUAAAGGUUAAUGAAGCAAAGACAAGUGUGAAUAUAACUAAAUUUGAUAGUUUGAAUGAUAAAGGUGUGCAGAGAAUCGGCAAAAAGAAAAUUUCUUUCACAGAUGAAAGGCAGAAAACUGGGAAGGCUGCCCCAGAAACUCUGGAAUUGUUAGAAGGGGAAAGACUUCUAAACGUGUUUGAUGAAACGCAUAUCAAGGAGUCCAGGUCAUCUCAAGAAUCAGAUAGAAGUACUGGAAUUGGGAUGUGGAAAGAAGCAACUGAAUUUUUUGAAUUGGUGGGAACAGAAGAGCCUGGAAAGGUAAUUACGCCCACAAAACAUAGCCAUACUAAGAAACUGGUUCAAGAUAUCAGAGCGCAUGAGUGUGGCAAGGAAGAAAGGGAAGCGUUCAACGUUAAAGCAGAAUACAAAAAGGUUGGAGAAGUUGAAGGUCCUCAGCAAGAGGAAUGCAAGGAGAAAUACAAAGUAGGAAAUGGGGCUCAUGAACAGAGAAAAACCAUUAAAAAAUCUAAGUUAUCUGAUGAGGAGUUCAGGCAGAGAGAGCAUGUGAAGAACGAGGAAAUGGCCGAAAUAUUUGGGCUAGAAAAGAGUGAGAAGGCAAGAGUGGUCAGUCUACAUGGAAAAACUGAUCAGAAAGUACCUAAAACUGAUCAACCAGGAUGCUUAAAAGACAUGUUCGAGACACAACGCAAGGAGCACAAACAAGUUGAGAUUGAGAAAUCAGAAGAGGUUGAUAGAGAAAGGCUCAGUGAAGUACAGUGCAGAAUGAAGCAUAUGGAAAGUGAGAAAAAACAAAAAGAGGAUGAACAACUACUACUGAGUAUGAAAAGGCAUAAACAGUCUCAGAGAAUGAAAGAAAACGGAAAAAUUCAAAGAGAAGCUUCUGCUCUUGGAGGUGUAGAGAGUGAGCAACGGGUGAAAGAUUCUGUUAAGCUAGAAAAGUUCGAAAGAUCAAAUGAAGCCUGUACUCUGGAUAGCCACAAGGAAAAUAUGACUUACAAAAUAGAAGAUGAAAUUAUCCUUGAAGCUACACAGAUUCACAAGAAGAAGCAAUUGAAGGAGACAUGUCAAAAUGAAGUUGGGAAAAGCCGCAAAGGUUCUUGUACAAUGGAAGAAAAUCAUGAAUGCUUAAAGGAUGCUCUUGAGCAGGUAAAGAAUGAAAAGGGACUUAAACGGGACUUUGAACUAGAAAUGAACGAGAAAAGAUCUGGAGUGACUUUUGAGCUAGGGGAAAAUGAGCCUUGCGAAAAAGAUCAAGGUAAAGAGAAACUUAAUGAAAUUUGUGAUGGGUAUAGAAAAGGAGAUAGACUAAAAGAUAUGGGUGAAGGCAUAUGGCUUCAGAAUGUUCUGAAACAAGCUCCAGAACUACAAAUGAAUAUUGGAAAUGAGACUCAGAGAAAGAAAGAAAUCGAUUGCCCAUCAGACCUAGCAUGUGACAGCGAAGGAACUGUGGAUAAAUCACGUGAAUACAGUGUGGAUAAAGCUUUGGAACAAACAGAAGGUGAUGGGAAAGGGAUUCACUUGAAUUUUGCAAAAGAAACCAGUGAGGAACGGAAUACAGAGAGUGAUGACAAUCUUGUGUCUGCUCACUCAUCGUCCAUUCAUGAAGAAAAUAUUUGCAUAAAGGAGCUAUGUCAAGACCCUAUAGCUGACCAAGAAAUUGGAAAGAGUGUCACUGCCUGCAAGAUUGAUGAAAAGAAAUUGGAAGAGGUAUGUUCGGAAAAUCUGAAGGAUACUGGGAAAAAAGGGGCUUUUGAAAUGUCCCAAGGAGAACUAGAGCAUUCAGGAAAGAUGACUUGCACUAGUACAAAUGUCAAUGUCAACGAGCAUAGUUUUAACAGUGAACAGGCAUGCACAAAGGAAACUAAGCCAGCCCCUCAAAUGGAAUUUGAUGCACGGAAUGGAGUGAGGACAAUUGAUGGAUGGGGUGAGAGAGUAAAGACUAAACAACAUGUGAAUGUUUCACUAAACACUGAAGAGAGCCGGGACCGAAUGUCAUUAAGCCAUGCUAACGUGUGUGUUGAUUAUGGAAGGAACACAGUAGCUGAUGAACCUGCUACAGUACAAGAAGCGGUAAAUAUCAAGAAGUCUUCUGAAAGAGGUCAUGCAUCAAAUUCCACCAAAAGCAAAGAUAAAAGUCUUGAUGAAACUUCUGCUUCAAUAGAGAAAGAUGCUGAGAGGAUAAGAAGAGAAAGAGAGUUGGAAGAAGAUCGUUUGAGAAAGAUAGAAGAGGAGAUGGAGAGAGAAAGGGAAAGACAGAAAGACAGAAUGGCUGUUGACAGAGCAGUGCUGGAGGCUGAAAGGGAAAGGGAAAGAGGAAAGGAUCGGAUGGCAGUUGAUAAAGCAACUUUGGAGGCUCGUGAUAGAACAUAUACUGAAGCUCGGGAGAGAGCAGAAAGGGCUGCCUUUGAGAGAGCAACUGCGGAAGCUCGACAGAGAGUACUGGCUGAAGCCAGAGAAAGACUUGAAAAGGCAUGCGCUGAGGCUAGGGACAAAACAUAUGCUGAUAAGGUUGCUGCAGAAGCCAGAUUGAAAGCACAGCGAACUGCCGUAGAAAGAGCAACUGUUGAGGCUCGAGAGCGUGCAAUGGAAAAAGUAAAGGUUGAGAGAGCGGCAUUUGAGUCCAGAGAACGAUUAGGGAGGUCUGUCUCUGACAAAUUUAGCGUUCCUUCCAGAAACAGCGGAAGACAGGGCUCUUCAUCCUCAGAUAUGCUGGAUCCAUUUUGUCAGAACUCUAGUUCCUCCACUCAUUCCAGAUAUCCGUACUCCUCAGUUUAUGGUGCUUCCUCUUUUACUGAAAGAUCAGAACGAGAAGGUGAAUCAGCUCAGAGGUGUAGGGCUAGACUGGAGAGGUAUCGCCGAACAGCUGAACGUGCAGCAAAAGCUUUGGAAGAAAAGAACAUGCGCGACCUUGUAGCUCAGAAGGAGCAAGCUGAGAGAAAUAGAUUAGCAGAAACCCUGGAUAUUGAAGUCAGGAGGUGGUCAAGUGGAAAAGAAGGAAAUUUGCGUGCAUUGCUUUCAACCUUGCAAUAUAUUCUUGGGCCUGAUAGUGGGUGGCAGCCAAUCCCACUGACGGACGUUAUAACUUCUGCUGCUGUCAAGAAAGCUUACAGAAAGGCCACCCUUUGUGUCCAUCCCGACAAAUUACAGCAACGUGGAGCAAGUAUUCAACACAAAUACAUAUGUGAAAAAGUCUUUGAUCUCCUAAAGGAAGCUUGGAACAAAUUCAACUCAGAAGAGCGAUAGCACACCUUAUGUUUUUUUACAUGUCCCUUUACAAGAGAGCAGUUCCCUUCACAUGUAAUGUGGGCUACUGGGGACGAAUACCACGUUCUUUUAUCAUUUUCAACGUUCUGUAAUAUUUAUUAUUCCCUAAAUAUUUAUAUGUAAGAAAUACUCAUCCUACCAAUGCAAAAGUUAAAGGGUAAAUACAUACAAAAAGGCAUAUAGAGGCUUGUAUUUAUACCAUCAGACAAACUUUGGAAUCCCAGUUCUAAAUCUUGAAUUUAUUACAAGGAUAUAAAACAUCAUGAAUCUGCA